CCAUUGGAGAUUUUGUUGAGGUGGUGGUGUGGAUUACAAUUGUUGCUACUUAACAAGAAGGCUGAGCUCUCAUAUUACAGUUGGUUAAAGAAAGAAAGAGCGUCUUUCUCUUUGUUUUCUGAUUAGAACAAUGGCGUCUGUGUAUAUUCAGAACAAGAGAGGAAGAGAGGAGUUUUGGAGUGGUGGUUUUGGUUUGCCAGAAGCAAAGAGAAUGAAUAUGGGGCACGAUACAACAGAUCUCAUGGCACUUCUUGACAGGAUUGAUAAUAUUGAUUACAUUGAGAAGAACAACAAUGAGACUGGUUUUGUAGUUAAUGAGGGAGAGGAGGAGAGAUUGAAUGUGGUUAUAAAGUCUUUAGAGGAUGAAAUUGGAUUGAAGCCUAACAACGUUGAAGAAACUGUUGUAUGUGUUUAUGAUAAUGUUGCAUGUGUGGAUAAUGUUGUUGCAUGUGGUGACGAUGAGAAGAAAGGAGGUGUUGAUGAUAAUACUAGAUCUCUAGUGGAUGAGAUCUCUAAUGGAACUGAUGGAACCACCACCUCUGUCUCUGAACUUGCUUCUCAAGGGAGUUUGUAUUAUGAUGGAGAACUUGGGUUUUUCAUGGACCAUGCUGCUGCUCAUGCAACUGAUGAUCUUGGUAUUAUCAUGAGCCAUUGCCAAUCUGCAGCAGAUCAUUCAAUGUCCAAUUUUUAUCUGGAUUCACUCCAUGGUUAUGCUGAUAAUACAGAAGUUUUUUAUGGGUCUCUGUGGGAAGAUGAUAUCUGGCAUGUGAAUGACCAUGGUGCUUUUUUUCAAAAUGGUGGGUCUUGUUCUACAACUCAACAGGAGGUAGAAAAUUUAGAGUCUCAGGAUGUUGCAGAUGAUUUAAGACCCAGACAAUGUUUGAGCGCUGGGGAGGAGGGAGCUUAGGAAUUUUUUUUUAGGUUCAUAGAUUCUCAUCAUUUUGCUUGCUUCUGUAAAGAAAAUUAUCAUAGACCUACUUUUCAGCCGUCUGUAAAUGUUUUGCUUGAAAAAAAUUAUCUUUAAUCUCAAGGAAGACAAACCUUCGUUUUCA